AUGGCACAACGUGAUAUGGAUCGAUUUCGGAACGCUCACCUGGUCCAAGAGUCGCUCAACGUGCCUGGCUGGAAACCGUCUAGACAAGAAGUCAUGAUCAUGCUAACCCUGGCCAUCAUCUCUCUAAUGGUGUCUCUGGAUGCCACAGUCAUCAUUACCUCGUUGUCUACAAUUGUCCAGGCCCUCAACGCUACGGCAACUCAGGGCUUCUGGAUCGGAACCUCAUAUCUCCUCACAUGUGCGGUGACCAUGCCAUUCAUUGCCUCUCUGAGUGACAUACUUGGCCGGCCACGAUGUCUUCUUGCCUCAAUAGUGACGUUCACGAUUGGCACCAUCUUAUGCGCCGCAGCACGUACCAUUACUGUCAUGCUGGUCGGUCGCUGUGUCCAGGGAAUUGGUGGCGGAGGAAUCAUCAUCCUAUCGCUCGUCAUCUUCUCUGACAUUGUUCCACUGAGAUCUCGCCCACGAUAUGUUGGUAUCAUCCAAGGAGCUUGGGCAAUAGGCACCUGUAUCGGACCGAUCGUUGGCGGCGGCCUAGCCACUCCAUCACUCUGGCGCUGCGUCUUCUAUCUCAUGUUUCCAUUUGCCGGAAUCGGACUUGUCUUUGUACCGCUGUUCGUUCGCUUGAAGCCACGCAAAGCAGCAGCGACCUGGAAAGAAAUGUUCAAUCGAAUCGACUGGCUUGGUGGAUUUUUGUUCAUUUCGUCCGCCACGAGUUUUCUCAUCGCCGUGUCGUGGGGCGGAGUUCAAGAACCUUGGGGCAGCUGGCGCACCAUCGUGCCUUUGACCAUCGGAGGUUUGGGACUUAUUGCCACCAUGCUGUGGGAACGGUUUGGGGCCCUGCAUCCGUUUCUGCGUCACUCGCUUUUCGAACGUCCUUCUGCCGUUGCGGUGUAUGCAUGUUCUUUCGCACAAGGGUUACUGCUCUACGGCCAACUCUACUACAUUCCCUUCUUCUUCGAAUCCGUCAGACUCGACUCUCCCAUCCGGACAGGCGUCUCCCUAUUACCCGUCAUGUUAACCCUAAUCCCUGCAUCGGUGGUCGUCGGCUCCAUCAUUACCCGUUUAGGUCAUUACCGCUGGGCCAUUUGGGCAGGAUGGACACUCGGCACGCUCGGCACUGGACUCACGAUCCUCUGGGACGAAACCACAGGUCUUGCGGCACGGGUGAUUAUUCUGGUCAUUCUCGGCUUGGGGCAUGGUCUCUUGCUCAACUCGCUCAAUACGGCGUCGCAGGCCGUAGCUGGCGACAGCGGAGCCAGUCACAAGGAAGACACAGACAAGGGAGCCAGAGACCACGGAGUCACAGAUAACGGAGCCAUAGACAACGGAGUUUCAGAUUCAGUCUCAGUCUCAAACCAAGGCUCCGCCGUGGCAAUGUACGCCUUCCUCCGCAGCUUCGGCAUGGCCGUCGGCGUCGGCAUCGGCGGAUCCAUGUUCCAGAACGUCAUGAAACAUAAGCUUUUGGACUUGGGUCUAUCGCCCGAGAUUGCGGUCCGUGCCGAAUCGUAUAUUGCUGUCCUUCGUCAGAUGGAGCCAGACAGUCCUGCAAGAGCGGCCGUCACAGCAGCCUAUGUUCAUGGCUUCAAGGGCGUGUUUGGAUUUUUCUGCGCUCUCGCUGGCACUGCGUUGCUGGUGUCUGUUGUGUUUGUGAGACAUUAUGAGUUGAAUACGAGCAAAUUGGGUGGUGAGCAUACGCUGGAUCUGGACCUGGAUCGUAUGGAUGGGACUAGGAGUGGAUACCCAGGGACGACUACGAAGACGGCAGAGGCGUCGGUGACUACAGACUCGGAUACUGGUAUCGAGCGGAGUGGUGAUCGUAAUCGUGGUCGUGAUCUUCGAACUGAUCUCGAGGGAUAG